AUGGAGGCCACUGACCAGCAACCCAACAGGCGAGACCCUCGUCGUCGACUUCAACAGGGAGGGCAACCCAGACCCCUUCCACGUGAACGGCGCGAACGACCCGGCGCCGUCGAGGCCACCGUCUCCCUCGACGAGCACCUCGAGUGGAAGGACGAGACGGACGCCCAGCGCAUGGUCCAGGUCGAUGAGGCCAUCCUCACCGCCUCGUGGGAAGUCUUCAACGCCAGUGCCGGCAUCGAAGUGUCCCAGUCGGAGACGUACAGCGUCAUAGAGGGCCUGCAGUUUGAUGUCCAGUGUGACAACCAGGGCCAGAUCAUCUUUUGGCUCUCUUACGACUAUUUCGAGACCACCUGGUCGCCCUACGAGACCAGGGGCGCGAUCUGGGUGCCUGUUGAGUACGGUAAUUGCAAAAUCACCGGUUAG